AUGUUUGUCGACUUUGAAAGUGUUCUUCGCUCGGAUUUCUCUCUUGAUGACUGUCCACGCAUUGGGCCGUUCACCUGGCACAAUGUCUCUGGUGUGGAUAAUGACGAUGACGGGGAGGAGGACGCACUCACGCUCAGCUCAUACAGCUCUUUCGGACCUCGCGCCACUCGUCACAGUGACAUGAGUGUUUUUCCCUCUACCGGGGAAAAACUGACAGAAGAUCCUCUGAGUACCAGUAACGGCCUUCAAAGUGACACUCGUGUCUGGAAGUUGAUGAAGUCAUGUCCAGUACCUCGCAGUGUUCCAGAGAUUAAUAUGAAGAAAGGUACUACAACAUUGGGAUUUCACUUCGACGGUGGGAUUAUCAUUGCAGUGGACUCGCGUGCAUCUUCAGGACAGUACAUUGCCUCCCAAACGGUUAUGAAAGUACUGGAAAUCAAUGAUUAUCUCCUUGGAACUUUGGCAGGUGGUGCUGCAGAUUGUCAAUACUGGGAACGGGUGUUAGGCAUGGAAUGCCGACUCUGGGAAUUACGUAACAACAGUCGUAUUUCCGUGGCGGCGGCAAGCAAGAUUUUGGCAAACAUUACCUAUUCGUACCGUAACUACGGAUUAUCAAUGGGAACAAUGGUGGCUGGUUGGGACCAAUUUGGUCCUUCCCUCUACUACGUGGAUGAUAAAGGAACUCGUGUAAAGCAUAACCUGUUCAGUGUUGGUUCAGGUUCCAUCUACGCUUAUGGUGUACUUGACCAAGGUUACCGCAAUGAUCUAACUGUUGAGGAAGCAUGUGAUCUUGCGCGUCGAUCAAUCUUUCACGCCACUUACCGCGACGGUGCAUCUGGCGGUAUUGUUACAGUUUACCACGUGCACAAGGGAGGAUGGACGCAGAUCUCACGUGAUGAUCAAACUAAACUAUUUGAUCGUUACUACCCACAAUAG